AUGUCCUGUGCCCAUCACCUCGCCCAACACCCAGACAAGUUCGACGUUACUUUGAUCGAAGCAACCAACUACUGCGGCGGCCAGGCCUUCUCGAUCCCCAUUGACAAAGACAAGCACGGUGCCUCAUGGCUGAACCAAGGCGUCCAAGGUGGCUCUUACAUCUUCCAUCACACCAUGACAAUGUUUGGCCGCCAGGGCCAUGUUGCCAAUCCUGUCAAGCUGCAAGUGUCUUUCGGGAAAGGAGAUCGGUUCUGGACCAAUGUCUACCCUACCAAGCUGCUCGAGAAACACCAGAACGAGAUUCGUCGUUUUGUCCAGAUGCUUACUCUGACUCGUUGGUUUGAGAUAUUCUUUGCCCUGCUCCCCAUCAAAUAUCUCAUGAAGCUCUUCAUGUUCAGCUACGAGUUCGCCAAUGCCGUUGCUCUUCCCAUGGUUGCCCUAUUCCUCGGAACUGGAAACUACACACCCGAAGUGCCGACCAUCAUUCUCGAACGGCUGUGCACCAGCCCAACCUACGGCAUGUGGUAUCCUCCGGACAAGGAAAGUAUAGCGAGCAACCUUCCUCCGAUGGUCGUCUUUCCCAACUUCAGUCAAUUCUACGAAGACUGGAGAAAAGACCUCAUCAAGAAUGGUGUGAAGGUCCGUCUGUCGACAGAGCUCACCGAGACCCUCUAUCGGGACAAGAACGGCGUUGUGGUAAAGCUCAUCAAGCGAAAUCCAGCUCCUGACAACCACAACCCAUCCGGUGCUUGGACACCGGAGGAUUACACCGCCAACGCCGACCCCCACGCCGACACCGCAAACCGCCUCCUCUCCAAAUCCCGCACCAAAGGGGAACGCCUUAUCCUCCCCCGCGCUAUCUGGUCCAACGAUCUAACCAUCACCCACUCCGACACGUCCUACAUGAUCAAGCACUACGAAAACUUUUUCACCCCCGACCAAGCCGUCACCACUCUUUCCGGAACAGACCACUCCACUCGGGUGGCCAUCGCCCGCGGUGACUACGGGGAGAUGAACAGCUUCAAACCAAUGUACUACAUCAAGCCCUACCCUUCUGACAUGUCCAAGCUGGAAAUGUCGUUUGACUGCACCAACUACCAGGCUCAGUUCCCGCCCUCUGUCCCGUUCGAGAACCACGUCUUCCAGACCAUUUUCCUCAACAAGGAACGUGAUGGGCAUCUCUGGACUGAUAAUGAGAUUGACCAGACGAAAAUUAUCCGCAAGGACUGGUGGCAUCAGCUUUGCCAUUCGUGGACUCAUUACCUGCUUGUUGUGCCGUGGUUGUGGCUGUUGCAGGGGAGAAGGCAUGUCAGGUUUGCGGGUAGCUGGACGUUGAUCAAUGCGCAUGAGGUUGCGGUGAUGAGCGGGAUAGCGGCUGCGGUUGAUCUGGGGGCGGAGUACCCGAGGGAUCUGGAGAGGGAUGGGUGGGCGUUGUUGUGUUUUAGGCUGUAUUACUUGUUGGUGUAUGGACGGUGGUAUAGGAGGAGAAGUAAGAGUAAGACGUCGACUGGGGAGGGGAGUGGUUGGGCUGGGGGGUUGUAUGGGAGUGUUUAUAAGGGGCCGGGGGUGGUGGAUGAGGAGAGGCAGAUGUGGAGGAGGGAGAAGGAGGGGGAGGGGGUGAAUGGGGGGGAGUGA